AUCUUGUAUGAACUCAACCGUGGUACAUCUCCUUGUAUUAUUAUUGAACCUAAAGAUAAGAAUGGGAGAUAUGCCUGACUUUGGUAAGGAAAUGCGUGAAAAAGAAUUUGACCUGAAAGAUGGCGUAACAUUCAUUAACCAUGGAUCCUUUGGUGUUGUUCCAUUGCGAGUACAGGAAGCACAAAUCAGGGUUCUGUAUGAAAUUAACAGCUUUCCUGAUCUAUGGUUCCGAAUAAACAGACGAAUAAAACAAGACGAAUCGCUACGAUUGAUAGCUGAGUUUGUAAAUACUGAAGCAGAUGACUUGGUUUUUGUUCAAAAUGCUACAACAGGCGUAAAUACAGUCCUAAAGUCGUUCAAAUUUGACAAAGGAGACGUAAUUCUGUGUACUGACAACACUUAUGCAGCUAUCAAAAAUACAUGCAGUGCAACAGCAGAACUACCUGGUGUUAAAGAUAUUUGCGUAGAAUACAUAGACUUGAAAUUUCCUAUCGUGAAUGAAGAUGAAGUUGUAGAAAUGUUUCGGGAAUAUUUCAAGAAUAACCCGACGGUUAAAUUAGCAGUAAUAGAUCACAUUACUAGUCCAUCCGCCAUUAGAAUGCCUAUUGAAAAGUUAAUACCACUUUGUAAAGAGUUUGGAGUAUUGUCAUUAAUAGACGGUGCACAUGCGCCUGGACAGAUUCCUCUCAAUCUGAAAGAGUUGGAUGCGGAUUUUUAUACAGGCAAUUUUCAUAAAUGGCUGUACACACCACGUGGAUGUGCAAUACUUUACGUUAAGAGGACGCACCAGGAUUGGGUUAGACCUCUUGUGACGUCACAUGGUCAUAAAACAACAUUCCAAAAUGACUUUUUCGAACAGGGGACACGAGACGACAGCCCAUACUGUGUUGUACCGGACGCUUUGACAUUCUACAAAGAUAUUGGCGGUUAUGAUAAAAUUUACGGCUAUGUAGAUGACCUUUUGAACAAAGCCACCAACAUGUUAACAACCUCAUGGAAGACAGAAAAGCUGCAAAUUCCAAGAUCAAUGGAAGCACCAUUUAUGCGAAUGGUUCGUCUACCAAAACUGAAGGGACUUUCAUCAGGCACGGACAGCAAUCAGUACAUAGUGGAUACCAUAUUGAAUUACCGUAUUGUUGUGGCUACAGUAUUCAUAGACGAUGACUUCUAUUGCCGACUAAGUGCGAAUGUCUACAACACAGAACUUGAUUACCAAGCAUUGCGUCAUGCAAUAGAAUGUCAACUAUUUGAUUAAAGGAAGGUAAACAAACGUCCGAAAUGCCAAUCAAAAUGCCUUUCAUUUAUAUCAAUCCAGAUUUGCUUUAUAAAAUUUCUUUUGCUGAGUCACCAAAGUAUCAAAGAUUCUUCUGUUAUUCCAUAGGUCUUUUACAUCAUAGUGAAUCUAUUAAAUUUACAGCGUUCAAAGCAUUUUCAUAAUCGGAAUUUUAAACAAUAGACAAAUGUGUCAGUCUGUACCUUAUACCAAGCUCUAAAUCGCUAUGAACUCCUAACCAUAAGCCUCGACUCGUGUACAGAAAGGAAUUGAAAGAAGACUUAGGGUAUACGACAACAAUUCAUGGACACAAAAAUGGUAAAGACUUCUUAAGAGGUCAAUAUAGAAGGUCAACAAUACACAAAUGUCUGAAUAUUUUUUCCAGCUAUAUAUCUAUACAAGUCUAGGAAAUUAAUAAAUUAA